AUGGACGAAUCACAGGCUAGUGGCAGCACUCUCAGCGGCGACGGCAAUACUGUCAUGCGUUGCAGUCUAAAAGGUUGCACCAUCAGUGAUUCAUCAGUUAAGAGAUGCGAUUUGAAUGACUCAGUUUUAUCAAAUGUUGAAUACGCGUCUCGUUCCACGGCCAAAAACUCCAACUUUGAACAUGUGGCGCUUUUGAAGCGCAGCGAAAUUGCGGAUAGUGUCCUCAAAGGUCGAAUUUCGGUAAACCGGUCAACUCUGAGCAAGGCAGUUAUCAUAGAUCAAAGUGAUUUGAAACGCUGUACCAUUACCGGCACAACAAUUGUGAAGAGUCACAUUGACAGGGCUAGCUUGACAGACUGUGAUGUGAUCGAAUGUGUUGUUUCCCGGUCCGAUUUCAGAGGAAUGAUUCUCAAAUACGGUUUCUGGAAAAAAGGCGUACUUGUUGGUAGGAUUGGGGAUCAUGAACCAGUUGCUAUCAAGAUGGACGCUGCAGGGGUUGGAAGAUCCGUUCCUGCUCCUGUUGGGAUACCUGCAGUUCCUCAGUUGGACUCCAAGGCUGCUAAUAGAUUGGCUGAUCAUCCUUCUGCCUAUUUUAUCGAUUCCGAUGUUAGUAUUGACGGCGAUGAUGAUUCCGAUGAUUGUCAUGAUUUACCGCCACCUUAUAAGGCGUAG